AUAAAAAAGUAUUCACACACAUUUUGUAAUGUAUUGUAUUCAAAUCCAUCAACCAAAACUAUGAAAAUUAACACCCGCAAUGCCACCAUGGUCCGCCCCGCUGCUGAGACCCCAUCCACUUACCUAUGGAACUCAAACGUCGACCUAAUCAUUGCCAGGUACCACAGCUCCAGCGUCUACUUCUACAGACCCAACGGUGCCUCCAAUUUCUUUGACCCCCAUGUCUUGAAGGAAGCCCUCGCCAAGGCCCUGGUCCCUUUCUACCCCUUUGCUGGCAGCUUGAGGAGGGACGAAAAUGGUCGUAUCGAGAUCGACUGCAACGCCGCUGGUGCUCUCUUCAUCGUCGCCGAUACUCCCUCCGUCAUCGAUGAUUUAGGAGACUUUGCUCCCUCCGUCAAUCUCAGCAAGCUUGUUCCCCAUGUUGAUUACUCCCCUGGCAUACAUACCUUCCCGCUUCUCGUUUUACAGGUGACCUUUUUUAAAUGUGGUGGAGUUUCCCUUGGUGUUGGCAUUCAACACCAUGUCAGUGAUGGUUUAUCUAGUAUCCAUUUCAUCAAUUCCUGGUCUGAUAUGGCUCGCGGUCUUGACCUUACCCUUCCUCCUUUCAUCGAUCGUACCCUCCUCCGCGCUAGAGAACCACCUCACCCCACUUUCCAUCAUGUUGAAUACCAACCUUCUCCGUCCAUGAAGACCCCUCUCCAUCCUGACAAUACCACCGUCUCCAUAUUCAAAUUAUCCCGCGACCUUCUUGUUGCUCUCAAGGCUAAAGCCAAGGAGGAUGGCAACACAGUAAGCUACAGCUCGUACGAGACGUUGGCAGCUCAUGUGUGGAGAUCAGUCACGAAGGCUCGCGCGUUUCCAGACGAUCAAGUGACCAAACUGUACAUUGCGACUGAUGGACGGUCAAGACUGCGCCCGCAGCUGCCCCCUGGUUACCUUGGCAACGUCGUAUUUACUGCCACACCAUUGGCCGCUGCAGGGGAUCUUCUGUCAAAGCCAACAUCGUAUGUUGCUGGGCUGAUUCAUGAUGUUUUGGCUCGCAUGGACGAUGAGUAUCUGAGGUCCGCUCUCGACUACCUGGAGAUGCAACCUGAUCUGUCAGCCCUAAUCCGUGGCGCACAGACCUACAAUUGUCCAAAUUUGGGAAUCACAAGCUGGGUCAGAUUACCCAUUUACGAUGCAGACUUUGGUUGGGGACGUCCCGUAUUUAUGGGACCUAGUGUAAUUGCAUUCGAGGGUUUGUCGUUUGUGCUACCAAGUCCCACGAAUGAUGGCAGCUUAUCCUUGUUCAUUGCUCUCCGAACUGAACACAUGAAAUUGUUUGAGAAGUAUUUGUACGAGAUAUGACAAGCGGCAGAACAAGAUUCCUCCUUUUCCCCCAGUAUGGAAACUCCUCCUGCUGAGAUAAGUAUCACGUUUUUUUAAGACUACAAUAAGUUACGUCCACAUAAGUUGUACUUAUGGUGGUUUUUAACAUUUGGAUCGGUCAUGUAUAACCUUUUGCUUUGUGUUUAUUAUAUGUGCAUGUGACAUGUUAGUGUUACACUUAUUUUGGUA